AUGAACCUGAAUGGAGCUUUGCAUCAAGAAUUUGGCCUCCGGCUUUCUUCCUCCUUUUUCCGCCGCUUCGUGGGCUGCCGGAGCCUGGGGCCUUGGCCACCGAGUUUCUUCCUCCCCCACCGUGUGGUUCCUCCAGCUGCUCGCCCGGGGGCCGGGCGGCUCCAGGAACCCCAAGCGGAUGCGGCCGCUGGCUGGUGCCACGUCUCCGCCGCCAGCAGGCCAGCGCCUGCGCGGCGGCGGCGGCGCGCUGCGCGCCGAGGGGCGGGUCCCGUCGGCAGUUGCUGGCGAGCCCGGGAGGCCGAGAAGGCUGUCGUUGCUUCGGCCGUCGCAUCCGCGAGGGAGUCGUGUUGGCUUGCCCCGGGCCCCCAAUCUCGCCGUUCGCCCCUGACGCUCGUGUGUGCGCUCCCGACCUCGCCAGCCGUUCGCUGCUCGCCAGCCGACCGUGCCUUCUGCAUCAUGUGCGGUAUAUUUGCUUACUUAAACUACCAUGUUCCUCGCACAAGACGAGAAAUCUUGGAAACCUUAAUCAAAGGCCUUCAGAGACUGGAGUACAGAGGAUAUGAUUCUGCUGGUGUGGGAGUUGAUGGAGGCAAUGACAAGGAUUGGGAAGCCAAUGCCUGCAAGAUCCAGCUCAUUAAGAAGAAAGGGAAUUUGGCAGGAAGGGAGAAGGAAGUCAAGGGAGGGGAGGGGGGACAAAAUUCAAACUAA